GCUACCUCCCCAACAUCAACACAAUGGCGCCUCCACUGUCCCUCUUCAGUGUCUCCGCAAUCCUCAUUCUUGCUAUCGACGAUGGGUCCCGCAUCCUCACCAAGUACUACUCCAAUCCACACCCACCCUCCGGCAACCCAACAGACUACCCCGGCCAGAUAGCAUACAAGACAGUGAAAGACCAGAAGGCUUUUGAGAAAGGGUUAUUAGAGAAAACGGCGAAACAGACAACAGAUAUUAUUUUAUAUGACCAGAAGGUUAUUGUUUUCAAGAUGGAGUCAGAUGUGAUGCUCUACGUCGUUGGUGGGGCUGAGGAGAAUGAGGUUCUGUUAUACAGUGUUGUGCUGGCACUACGAGAUUCUCUCAACAUUCUACUGAAAAACUCUGUGGACAAACGGACCGUCAUUGAGAACUAUGACCUAGUGUCGCUUGCUAUCGAUGAAUUGGUGGACGACGGCAUCAUAUUAGAGACCGAUCCUGUCAUUGUAGCCUCACGCGUUAGCAAGCCGCCGGCCCAGGAUAUGACUUCGAUGAAGAACAUCGAUCUCUCUGAGCAGGGUUUCCUGAAUGCCUGGGAGUUUGGAAAGAGGCAGCUAGCAGAGCGGAUACGUCAAGGCCUAUAGUUUUCGGGCAAUUCUGGCGUUGGUGGGAGUUCUCGUGCAAUGCUAUCAUGAGGAAAAGUCAUGGUUAGGUGUAAUGUGUGGGUCAAGGAAUAAGUUAGAUUCGAACGAAGAGGAUAGGAGUCCACGAGGGGUCCUAUUGAAUCUUAC